UGGCAAACAAGAUGGCGGCGCCCAUGUGCGAGGCGGCCUCAGCCCUCCCGCUCCCGCACCAGCAGCAGGAGAAGGAGGAGGAGGAGGACGGGUCGGACCUGGAGCCACUGCUCAUGGAGGAGCAUUUUAGUGGGGUGCUGAAUGACAAUAUCAUAGCUGAAGCCCUGUACAAGCUGGGCCGUUCAGCGCUUGGCACCGAAUACGUUUACCUUAACCUGUCGCUUUCGGGCCGUAAUUUAAGCGACAUUAACAUUCUCUCCAGAUACGUUCACCUAGAGAAGUUGGAACUUUCACACAAUAAAAUUAAUGAUCUGUCUUGUGUCAGUCACAUGCCUUACUUACUGGAACUUGAUGCUUCCAAUAAUGAGUUGACUACAUACUUCGAUUUCAAACCUCCUAAGAGUCUCAAGGAGGUAGAUUUUUCAUACAACCAAAUAUCUGCAAUGCGAGAUUUGUCUGCAUACCAGUUACUUACCAAACUCAUACUGGACUAUAAUAACAUAGAGGAGAUCAAAGGGCUAGAGAAAUGCCGAAGCUUGAUUCAUCUUAGCUUGGCACACAACCGGAUCGCUACAAUCAAUGGUCUUAAAAACUUACCUAUCAAAACACUCUGCUUGAGAGCUAACCAGAUUGAGAAGAUAACUGGUUUGGAGGAACUGAGAACUCUCCAGCAUUUGGAUUUAUCCAGUAAUAACAUCAGUAGCCUUGGAGGUUUGGAGGAGCACUAUCUACUAGAGGUGAUCAAUCUGGAGGAUAAUCAGAUUGCUGAUCUGGGUGAGCUUGAAUAUAUUGAAGACCUACCUCUCCUUAGAGGCUUAAAUCUGUUAAACAACCCAGUGCAGUGCAGCUUAAAUGUUUGCAGAUGUAAAAAGAGAACAGUGCAUCAUUUCUCAUAUUUCUAUCAGGAACAAACAGAAUAUUGGCUCUUGGUGAUUUUCAUGUUGCUCCGUUUAACAGAGCUGGAUAACAAGAAGAUUACAGUGGAAGAAAAGGUUGCUGCGGUGAAUAAAUAUGACCCUCCUCCAGAAGUGGUUGGUGCAAAAGAUCAUAUGACCCACAUAAUGUACAGCCUGAUGCAGCCACAGAGGAUCUUUGACAGCACUUUGCCUAGUCUUGAUGCUCCCUACCCCAUGCUGAUAUUUGUUGGGCCUGUGGCCUGCGGGAAGCGGGAACUUACUCACAGAAUCUGCAGACAGUUCAAUAAUUUCUUCAGAUACAGUCCCUGUCAUACCACGAGAGCGCCCUAUUUUGGAGAAGAAAACAGACUUGAUUUCUACUUCGUUUCUCAGGAAGCAUUUGUUAAAAUGGUGAACAUGGGGAAAUUUAUUGCAACCUAUAAAUAUAGUGGCUAUUACUAUGGCCUAGGAAGAGAGACUGUAGAAUCAAUUGCCAGAGAGGGACUUGCAAGUUGUGUUCAUUUGGAAAUAGAGGCUGUGCGAAGCUUGAAAAAUUCCUACUUUGAACCGCGAUAUAUCCUGCUCGUACCAAUGAAUAAAGAGAGAUAUGAGGGACAUCUGCGGAGGAAAGGGAUAUUCAGCCGGCCAGAGAUUGAGGAGGCCAUCACCAGAGUGGACAUGUAUAUCAAAAUAAAUCAGGAUUCUCCAGGAUAUUUUGAUGCAAUAAUUGACACGGAUGAUCUUGACGAGGCAUACACAAAACUGAGCCUCAUUAUAAAGGAGUAUCUAGGUUUGGAGCAACCUUCGUUCUCUGAUGGCAAUCUGUACUUGGACAGCAGAUCCAUAAGAGGUGCUAGAACACCAUCCACUGGAGAUCACAGAACGCCAACUGGUGGAGAGACUACUAAACUAGCCCAUCCUUCUGCCCUGGGUGAAUUCUUGAGCUCAUCAGCCAGAAACUCUGCUGCUAGGAUCUCAGCUCACCUCUCCGCACAGAAAACGCCAGUGGAAGAAGCUUCUCUGCAACGGCGACGUGAAGCAGCACAUCGGGCUCUGAACGGGAAGGCUCCCAGUGCAUACGCCCAGCUGUUUCAAAGUGAUCAUGCGAGUACCACAGCCGCAGCCAGCCCGCGCCAACAGUUGCUGGAGCCUCCAGCACGCUCUUCUUUGUUCCCAAGUGGAAGUAACGUCACUGAAGACCGGAGCCUUUCUCCUGCUAGCCCAGACUCCAGAACCAGUAAAAUCAAAAAUCAUACCGGCUCCAAAGAGUCAUGUACCAGUACUGGGUUAUCCAUAAUCUCCUCGGCGCAUGCAUUCUCUAUGGAAAGCCUGUCUGUCCCAUCCCCAGCUCCCAGUGCUAGGUAUCCUGAAGACACCAACACUGCGCACACAGACAUAGGAGGAAUUGGGAAUGGAAUAGCAAAUAUGAAAGACACUGAACCAUCGAGUGACAGUCUUGAGAAAAAAGCCAGCAGAUCCAAGUCCAGUUCUCGUGUGCCCCAGGUCACAAACCGGCCAGGCUCUGACACCAAACCUGUCCUACCUCCCAUCCCGUCGGGGCGGAAGAAGACCAAGCCUUGAGGACUGGCACUAGCUGAGAUCUUGCCUUGAUCGUGCUGAUCCCUUCAGUCUAACCUGAACGCUGAUUUUUCACAUGGUUCCUCCCUUGACGCAAGGAAAAGCCUAUCCUAGAAUAUUAUAUUCCUAAAUCCAUUUCUGAUUAACUCUGAAGAGCUCUUCUUUCUCCAAAAUAAGUUAUUUAUUUAUAACUUUAUUAAAAAGUAAUUUUUGCUUUUCCCAGAGCUAGAAAUUAUUUCCCUAGGUGCUCCUGGCUUAGAAACGAUGCAGGCUUUUUUUUUUUUUGAAGCCCCACGUGCCCAGAUCUUCCAGGGACUUUUUUAAUGUUUCUGUUUCACAGACUUAAUUGAGAUGUUGAAGCUCGGAGGCCUUGAUAAUAACGUCAGUUAUAGUGUAAAACUAUGGAAUUAUUUUUUGUUAAGGAGGAUUUAAUGCGACACUCUGGUUUAAGUGGGAAGGGGAAACUACUCCAUUCCAAGGCAACUUUUCAUAGAAGCUGUUUCUUUGAGAAGUGAAAAGUUGUUCUUUGACAUGCAAAUAUAUGAAAAUAAAUAAUACAAAAAAGGAAUCAUCAGACAGAAACGUUAAUUAGUGUGAUUUUUACUAACAUUUUAACUAUUACCUAAUUAUGCUGAGGGUGCUUUGGGCACUGUAAAGUAGAAGCAGAGUGUCCAUAUACCAAUGCAUAGAUAUAACUAAUAACUCCAUAUGCCAAAAAAUAAAAAUAAUAAUAUUCUAAAGACUUAAUGUUAUUACAUGAUAUGACUGUAGAUAUCCUCGACAAAUAACAGUUGCCCACCCCAUUAUUCUGAAGGCAUAGUUGAUAUGGCUCUUUACAUUGUACCGUCAAGGUGGGACACCUCUUUGCAAAAGUGCGAAAAGAGAUGAUCCGUUACACUAGCAUUGAUUAAAGUGUGUAGAGUUGCUCUGGGUUUAUGUCAAAGUAGCUGACUGGCCCAUAUAAAUAUGUAGAUAAAUGCUUUGUGUGGUUUUCAAAAGUACCUCAUGAUUAGGGACCAAACUCCCAUCAAAAUCGGUGAGAAUCUCCAGCAUGCACUCGGCCUGCUACGAUGCUUUACUAAACCCCACUACAGAUCCAUCUGUAUCAUCAGCUGCCCAAAUAUCUUUGCAAGUCUGUGUCCUACGGCCAUACCUGGUCCACUGCCAACUCGCACUGUGACCUUGAGCAAGUCAACUUACUUUCUAGGUACAUCUGUUUCAGCAUUUUACAAGUGGGGAUAAUUUUACCGACCUGUGUCUUGCUACUGAUACUAGGAUUGCUUAAUGUGUAUGACGUACUUUGAGGUCCUGGCUCAAUUAUCACUGUUGUUAUAAUGUUGUAAUAAUAAGCAAGGAGAAACGGCCCCAGCGCUUGGUUCUGUAAUGUCCUUAUUUGUUCUGAGACUAUUCUGACUAGCGCUCAUUAAGCAAGGACAGGAGGCAAUGAAAGACAUCUCCCACACUCAUGUCUGUUUGCUUUUCCAUCUGAUGUCCUAGGCAUAAACUCCCUGUGUCAGUUCAUCAGAUUCCUCUCGAACGCUUCUUCGGCCCCCACCAAAUGUUAUUCACUUUUAUAAAUAACAGCACUAAAAACUCCAGCCUCGAUGCUGUUCUU